AUGCACGAGCUCGUGGCAGCCCUUGAUGGAUGCAAGCGACGCAGCGCCCCAGAAGCAGAUGGAAUCACCUUCCAGAUGCACCGCAACCUGGAGGAAGGAGGCCGUCAACGUCUCCUGGGGCUCUACAACGACAUCUGGAACACCGGGGAGCUCCCGGAGUCCUGGCGAACUGCGGUGGUGAAGCCCCGGAAGAAGGCCACAGCACUCCUCAUACAGGCCAAUAUCGCUCACCUCCGCAGCGUGCAAGACGUCGUCGCCACCCUGGAGGAUGCCAAGAGCUGCGGGGACGUUGCCAUGCUGCUGCUGCUGGGCGUGGAGAGCGCUUUCGACGGCCUCUCGCACGUGGUCGUCGAGGCGGCCAUGGACCGGCUUGGUAUCAGCGGGUGCCUCCGAGGAAUCGUGUCCGCCUUCCUGUCCGGGAGGACCUUCUGCGUCCGUGUUGGAGGGAUGACCUAG